CGUGCGGGGGCUUUGGAGCGGGGGCGGAGGCUGACGGAGGGAGGCUGCGGCAUCCGACCGACGACAAGCGUCGAGUGAGCGAGAGACGCGCGCCUGUGAUGUAGACGCGCUACCUGCCUGCCUGCCCCCCGUCCCAACCCGUCCCGUCCCGUCCUGUCCUGUCCUGUCCACCCCCACCAUGCCGGCGGGGAUGAAGCCGCUCGAGAAGUUCCUAAAGAAGCAGACGAGCGCGCUCAGCCGAGCCGGAGGAGGUGGUGGAGGAGGAGGUGGAGGACCGGGAGCUGGACCGGGAGGCGGCGGAGGAGGAGCGGACAAGACCGGCGGGGGGACCGCGGCGUCGCGGCGGAGGGCUAGCCUGUCCCGCGUCGUCCCCUUCUUCAGGGAGACCUCCCCGGAGGGGGGGCAGGCCCGCGAGCUCUUCAGCCCCGACAGCGAGGACGCCCCACCCUGGCCUCCUGCCGGCUCGUCGCUCAACGGCUCGGCUGGCGGCGACGCACGUAGCCCAUCUUUGUCCGGCGACGAGCAGAGUUCCGAAGCCAGUCCGGCGGCGGAAAGUGGCGGCGGCGGUGCCGCCGUUCAUGCCGACACGCCCCAAAACCUGAUGUUCGCCGUGCUGGACAGCGUGGCGGGAAAACGCUUGGUCAACUGCACAGAGACGUUGCUGGAUGACUUCAUGUUGACUCAUCCCAUCUUUCUUACGGCCGACGCCUUUCAGCAAGUUCUACUGCAGCAGUUUUGUCUGCAUGUAGGGGAGGGGCCAGGUGAGGCAGGAGAGAGGCCGGGAGCAGAGGGGGAGGGGCAAGGAGAGACCGGUCAGAGUGGGCCGUACGGGGAGGCGGAGCCAGACGACCUCCGCAGGAAGCGGGCCGUGCUCAGCGUGGCCUUUCGCUACCUGGACACAUACCGAGAACUCCUGCAGGAGGAGGGAGACAAAUUCCCAAAGGAAUUGUACUUGUGUGCGCUUCAGGAGCUCACUCGACAUCCUGACCUCGUCGACGACGUCGUCAAACUGGAACGCUGGACUCAAAUUUUACACUGCUCUUGCAGCGAGGAAAAGGAGAGCCGCAGGAAGCAAGUGCGACCGCUCUUCCGCCAUUUCCGGCGAAUCGACGCCUGCCUGCAGCCCAGGGAGGCGUUCAGGGGCUCUGACGAGAUCUUCUGCAGGGUCUACACUCCCGACCACUCCUACGUAACCAUCCGAAGCCGGCUGUCGUGCCGUGUGGGCGACAUCCUGGCAUUGGUGCGCGAGAAGCUGCAGUACAGCGACGAGCGCCCGCUCCUUCCCGGCAAACUGAUCCUGGUGGCCGUCACGUCGGCCGGAGAGAAGGCGGUGUUCCGGCCAAGCGACGAAGCCGUCUUCACCACGCUGGGGGUCAACACGCAUUUGUUUACUUGCCAACCCUCCGAGCUCGACUCCCUGCUCCCUCUUCCCGAGGAGAUCCACUGGACGCCCGGAGACAGCAAACUUCACGACAUGUCAGCCGAAGAAGUGGCCAACCAGUUGGUGGCCUUCGACUGGGAGCUCUUCACCUGUGUGCAUGAGGUGGAGUUUGUGUGUUACGUGUUCCACGGCGAACAGUCCCGCUGGCGCCCCCUCAACCUGGAGUUGGUACUACAGCGCUGCAGCGAGGUUCAGCACUGGGUGGCCACGGAGAUGCUGCAGUGCCACUCACUGCCCAAACGCAUUCAGCUGCUCAGAAAGUUCAUCAAGAUCGCUGCGCUCUGCAAACAACAGCAAGACCUUCUGUCCUUCCUGGCCGUGCUGCUGGGCUUGGACAACCCGGCACUCAACAGGCUGAGGCUCACCUGGGAGGGUCUUCCGGGGAAAUUCCGCAAACAGUUUCAACAAUUUGAAAGCAUCACUGAUCCUUCUCGAAACCACAAGUCCUACAGAGACCUGAUCACCAGUCUUACGCCACCGCUCAUUCCCUUCACGCCUCUGCUGCUCAAAGACUUGACUUUUCUUCAUGAGAGUUGUAAAACCUUUCAUGGCCAACACGUCAACUUUGACAAAAUGCACAAAGUGGCUGAAAUGGUCCGAAGCAUCCGCAGAUACCGCAGCGGACAACUGGUCAUGGAUACGGAGACGUCGCCGUCCCAUUUGCAGACGAAAGCGUACGUGAGGCAGCUGCACGUCAUCGACAACCAAAAUCUGCUCUUUGACUUGUCCUGCAAACUCGAACCCAGAGACGGAUAGACCUCACCCCCCCCUCCCCUAAAGGAAGAAAAAACACACGUGAAGGGGACAUGCCAAGAGGACACGGUAGGACACAUGCAAAGACGGGUGAAGACCGGCCCCACCUCCUCAUCUUCCUCUUCAGCCAAUCAGGACAAGCUUGGCUGUCAUUUUUUCCUUUAUUUGCAUUUUGGCCCCGCCCACAAAUAGCUAAUGACAUUCAUCACUUCCUUUCUUCACGUCUUUACCUUAUUUCCUUCCCUACUUCUUUGCCAUCCUAACUGCUAAACUUAAAUCUUUCCUCACUUUCUUUACAACCUUCAUUUCCUUUUCUUACUUCUAUUCACUUCCUUUAUUCUCUUCCUUUCCUUACUUUCUUGUCUUUCCGUAUUUCCUUUCCUUCCUUCCUUCCCUGACUUUGUAAUCUCACUUCCUUACUAGCUUUCUUCACUUUCUAUUCUUGUGUCUAUUUCUCACUUUCUUUCCUUCCCCCCUGUCCUCACUUCCUUAUUUCGUGUCAAUUCUUUUCCUUUGUUCCUCGUUUCCUUUCCUCGUUUCCUUUCACGGCUUCCGUGUGACGUGAGCGGACGCCUCCACCCAGGAAAAAAGGUUUCAACUAUUUUCCGACGAAGCACUUUGAUGACCCUCUCAGGGCUGCGAGGUUUUGUUUACUUCUUCUAUUGUCGUGCGAUGACUUCAUCAUUAUUAUGAUUAAUAUUGCUCUUAAGAUUA